GUCACAGGCGGAAGGUCAUGGAGCAGCAGAACGGAACGGAAGCGGGAGUAAAAGCCUAUCCGCCAUUGUGGAAUAUGGUAAGGGAUAUUCCAGUAAGACACUAGUCUAGUUUCAGAGUGACUGAUAAGACUGUUGCCGAUAUCGGAAACACGCUUGACACAUUUUCGCAGAUACAAAGUCGCCGUUCUUCACAGCCGCCAGCUAGGUUGUCGUGAGCUCUGACCGCGGAGGAAAACAUCGCCUGAAACAGAGUGAUUGGACAAGCCGAGACGAGCUAAGAAAGCACCGGAGUGCAGAGGCAGGGGAAGCCGUGGACAGUCACAAACAGCAAUCAGUUUCGGUUCCUGGAGGAUGUCUGCGACCACAGUCGACCAGAGACCCAAAGGACAAGGAAAUAAAGUGCAAAACGGAUCAAUGCAUCAAAAGGAUGGUGUCAACGAUGAUGAUUUUGAGCCUUACCUAAGCGGCCAGACAAAUCAGAGUAACAGCUACCCACCAAUGUCUGAUCCCUACAUGCCCAGCUACUAUGCUCCAUCCAUUGGUUUCCCAUACUCUCUGGGAGAAGCUGCUUGGUCCACAGCAGGAGACCCCCCUAUGCCCUACUUGACCACCUAUGGACAGAUGAGCAAUGGCGAGCCUCACUUCAUCCCUGAUGGUGUGUUCAGCCAGCCAGGUGCCCUUGGGAAUACCCCUCCCUUCCUCAGUCAGCAUGGCUUCAACUUCUUCCCUGGCAAUGCAGACUUUUCCACCUGGGGCACCAGUGUCUCUCAGGGCCAGUCCACACAGAGCUCAGUCUACAGUAACAGCUAUGGGUACGCCCCGAGUUCACUGGGACGCGCCAUCGCGGACGGACAGGCGGGCUUUGGUAGCGACACCCAGCUCAGUAAGGUUCCGGUGCUGAACAGCAUCGAGCAGGGAAUGACGGGGUUAAAACUGGGUACGGACAUGGUGGCAGCUGUCACCAAAACCGUGGGCUCCCCUCUAGGAGGCACUGUGGGUAUGAGCAGUAUGGCAGCCAAUAACCUCCCUCCGUCUGUCAGCUCAUCCGCACCUAAACCUGCCUCCUGGGCAGCCAUUGCCAGGAAACCAGCCAAGCCCCAGCCCAAGGUGAAACCCAAAGCCAACAUGGGGAUGGGGGGAGGUGCCACCAUUCCCCCUCCCCCUAUAAAGCACAAUAUGAACAUUGGCACUUGGGACGAUAAGGGCUCCCUCAACAAGCCCCCAUUAGCUCAGGCUAUGAUGCCCCCCCAGCCUCUGGUGCAACAGCCUCUCCUUGCCCAGCCCCAGCCUCUGCUCCAGAACCCUCUGCCCCAUCAGCCCCAGCCCCAGCCCCAGCACCAACACCAGCCCUUCCAGCUCCAGUCUCUGCAGUCCCCCCAACACCCCCAGCCUCUACCCCCUGGCCCUCCUCACCCUCACCUCCACUCUCAACCUGGCCCCCCACAUCCCCUCCAUCAGCAGCACCCCCAGCAGCCUGGCCCUCCUCCAAACCGUUGGGUGGCCCCCAGGAACCGGGGUGCUGCUUUUAACCAGGGUGGUGGGGUGGAGGGCUUUGGCCUGGGUGGGGGCGUCCCGCUGAGUGCCUCCCCUUGCUCCGGAGAGGUGCAUCCUGUGCUGGAGAAACUUCGUGCCCUCAACAACUACAACCCCAAAGACUUUGAUUGGAACUUGAAAAACGGACGUGUUUUCAUUAUCAAGAGCUAUUCAGAAGAUGACAUCCACCGCUCCAUCAAGUACUCCAUCUGGUGCAGCACAGAACAUGGCAACAAGCGCCUGGAUGGGGCCUACCGCUCGCUGGGCAGCAAGGGGCCACUCUACCUGUUGUUCAGCGUCAACGGCAGCGGUCACUUCUGCGGCGUGGCCGAGAUGCGCUCGCCGGUGGACUACAAUGCCUAUGCAGGCGUCUGGUCUCAGGACAAGUGGAAGGGCAAGUUCGAGGUGAAGUGGGUUUUCGUCAAAGACGUGCCCAACAACCAGCUGCGGCACAUCCGGCUGGAGAACAAUGACAACAAGCCAGUGACCAACUCCAGGGACACUCAGGAAGUGCCUCUGGAGAAGGCUAAACAAGUGCUUAAAAUUAUCGCCACUUACAAGCAUACCACCUCAAUCUUUGAUGACUUUGCACAUUAUGAGAAACGUCAGGAGGAAGAGGAGGGUCUGAGGAGGGAGCGGAAUAGAAAUAAACAGUAACCUUCAAGCAAGCUCCCUGCUAGAACUGCAACACUAAUGACGUAGGACCUUAAAUAAUUUGCCUAACCACAAGGAGGAAAGGCUCACAAUCUUUCCGAUGAAGAUGACAAUGUAUCUUAACACUUGAACACGAUGAUAGAUGGACUCAUCAUGUAUCAGUUGACUGGUGCAUCAAACCCCGUGUUCAUUUCUCACGAGAAAAAGAACGUAACCCACUUUGAAAACUCCUGUCUUUAAAGCACUUUCAGUCCUUCUGAACAGCCUCUACCAAUACCCUUAACUCUCUAACUCUUUCUUCUUCUUUCAUUAUAUUUGUGAUCAACUAACUGACUAAUCAGAGUAGUCAGAAGAUUUUGCCAGGCUUAUUUGUAACUUUUUUUUUCUCAAAUGCCUCAAAUAUAUGGGAUAUUGGUGAGCUUAAUCGCCUCCUGAAGAGAUUUAAAGAUGACCUGUAUAAAUAAAUCUUUUACUUGAAUCUGUAUUCAGCUGUCUGAUCCUCCUCAGACAAAGGCUGUGGUUGAUUGACAGGUGGGAUUAGUUAACUGGGAAACAGACACAAUCAUGCCAAUCAUAAGAUAUAUCCUCCCUCUACCCGUCCCCUUCCUUUCUGCAUCUGUUUCUGUGUACCAAAAGAUUACAAUUAUGCAGCAAGCUGGUGAGAGCCGGCUAAUGCACAUCUUUGUUUUUCUCUCUUGUGAUUCUGUCAUUCUGAAGUGCAUUUGUCUGAGGAGAAACCUGCUGCUCUGGUGGAACUAGCGGUGGCCUCCUUGGGCCCUGUGGGUGACUGUCUUUGCUCUGAUGUUGACGUACUGUACUGUACCUCAGGCUCAAUCAGACUGUCUGUCCUCAAAUAAUUAAGCACUUUUGGGAGAACCCCCAUAUCACUGCUUGGCUUGACUGGGAUUCACCCAAAAAAGCAAAAACAUCAACUGCAAGGAUGUGACAGUUUUCUCCUCUAGGUAACUCACUAGCUAAAUAAACAUUACCCAUGUUUAGCGCAAA